GUAGAACAGCAGUUUCGUAGUCACCGUGCCCUACCGAAACUUAGUUCUGGGAAGUGCUGACAACCACGGUGCCAGGUUUUACUACAAAGACAUCUUCAUGGUCUGUACAGUCGUUUCACGAAGUUUUCGGUGUCUGUGGUGAAACCAAGAGCAUGACAGAGAAGGCGACGUUUGUACACGCUGAAAGCGGAACACGCAGGGUUCUGCAGCUGAAACACGCCACGCCGGCCAAGCUUGUGGUGGUGUUCGGGCUGAGAGAGGCUCCGCAGCUGCUGACGAGAGCGGACACGGACGACGUAGUGUUCGCGGAGGGGAGCGCCGAGGAGCCGUACUCCGACCUGGAGCCGGGGGCCGAAUACGAGUUCUCAGCCGUUAAGUCUGGAGCAACCCCUGAGAAAGUCCCUACCUCUAAGCCAAAGAACCUGAGGCCCGCGGACAUCCAGCGUGCGUUGGUGUGCUGUCAGGCCGUGUACAAGGAGGCACCAGAAGCCGUGCAGGAGUUCCUGACCACAGACCUGAAGAGCCAUGACUUCGCCAGUGCUUCUGUGUCCUGCUAUGGACGUGUGACGUACAUGGUGGCUGAGACGGAGGACAAGGAGGAAGUCUUCAUUGCCUUUAGGGGGACGAGCAGUUUCCAGGACGUGAUGGACGACUGUUCCGCCUGGCAGCAGCUGGCAUCAAGUGGGCCUGACGGAAAGCAGACAGCAAUGGGCGGGCGGUGUCAUGCCGGGUUUCGUGAGCUGGCCUCUAACAUCCCGGUCGACCCCUUCUUGAAGAAAUACCAUCGCCAUCGCGUAGUCCUGUGUGGACACAGCCUUGGCGGCGCCGUGUCACACAUUGUCGCGCUCAACAUGCUGGUGGAGCUAAAGAGAAGGGGACUCUCCACCGACAACAUCAUGUCCAUCGCGUUCGGAGCGCCGUUCUUCGGUGACGAGGGACUCCGUUCCUACGUGGAGAAGCAGAACCUGUCCGACUGCCUGCUGACCGUGGUGAACCAGAAGGACCCUGUGCCUCGCAUUCUUCGAUUGGCGGAAGCCGUUCAAACCGCUGUGACAACAGCAUCUGGGAAGGUGAAAAAGUUCGUCAAAGAUGUUAAGCCGUUGUUCACACCGAUACUGAAGACGGUAUCGGCCUCUGGGGUUGGUGGUCCUGUUGUAGCAGCUGCAGCUAUGGCUGCUGGUACCCUGUUGGAUCAGCUUCCCGCUGCCAUGGAUGAACUGGACGGACUGAUACGGCAACACGGCGUUACGCUCCAAGAGCUGAACUCCAUCUAUCGGCCUGUAGGGUGGUACAUGUUCAUCACGUGCCAAGAGGCUCCUGGCGGUUUACGCACAACGUGGGAUGCAGGCUACAUCCGAGAGGAAGGGCAGAUCAACAGGUUCAUAUCGGACAGUGGACAUCUCACUCGGGAUAAGAUACACGAACACAAAGCAGUGUGCUAUGCAGCAGCCUUCUACAACGUGUCGACCAGGAAAGAGUACGACUCAGUCCUCACACAGGCUCCAGUUUGUGACGUAGUUGACAGCUUUGCCCCCGAGAUAUGGAUCCCUCGCAACGUCUCCAUGGAAACAGCCUUCCCUCCACACGUCAAUAAAGUUUCUCUUGUCAGCAUUGCAAGCCAGAAAGGGGACAAGGAUAGUGGAAAGUUGUUGGUGACCAUCGACGGUGAAAACCUAGACUUCUUCGUUCCAUCGGAAAAGCCUUUCACAGGCGUUCCUUAUGACGAGACGAGGGGAGUUUCUGUGAACUUCAAAAGUUCUUGCCAAGUUGUUCUCGAGUGUUACCUAACUGAUGGAGCGUUCGACCCUUUUCCCACCGUCAAGAUUAGAACUCAUUUUCAUGAGAUUUUUCAUCAGACUACAAAGGAUGAAGUUAAGGAAUUGAAGGGUUGUACACUGGGCGAGCUCGCUGUUGGACGGUUGAAGCCGGCACUGCUCAUCAAGGCAACACAGUGUUGCUUGGCAACGGUGAUGAUGACACCAGAAUCCAGCCGACGAAAGGAACUGGCAAAGAACACCAUGAUGACGUACCUGGACAAGAGCAGGCGUAACGUCAGAAAUGGUAAGAAGAAAACAGAGCUAUUCGACAUGGUGGCAGAUGCCUUAUCUGGUGGCCUAGAGCAGCUCAAAGAUGACAUGCUACAAUCUGUGGUGGGUGAGAUUGUGGCUGAAGUUGGCAACCAUCUCAAGGUGACGUACCCCAUGCGUCUCAAAGACUGGGUUCUGGGAACGCUGCUAGGGCUUACAGCGGUGGCUGGUGUGGUAGUUACAGGGGGAGCUGGUGCUGCUUACAUUGGGGCCAUAGCGACCACUCUUACUGGAGGUGAGGCAAUAGCUGGGGCCCUCGCUGGUAUCAUAGCGUCCGGAGCUAGCAUCGCCGGCAACAUCAAGCUUCUUCAGGACUAUUUCACCGAUGUGGAGAGGAAUUACAAGGGUGUUCUCAAGAUGCUUAUAGAGGAGCUGCCAUCUGUGCAGGAUGUGAACGAAGAGAACUCCAUCCGUGACAAGGCACUGGACGAUGACGUGUACAGUCUGGAAUCUGCUCUCAUGACCAAGUAUGAGAUGCUUGGAUGUUUGGAUCAAGAUUUUGACCACAUUGCAAAAAUUCACCCAUUCGAGUCUACUUGGGGGAAGACGCUAAGCACAGCAACUAAAGAGUCGCAACGGGAGGCAGUGAGACGCUGUCAGAUGACCUGUGACCUGUUCCGGAUCCGUCAGCUGCUCAUGAAGACUUGCUUCGUGGGUCUGAUCGGUCCGCAAGACUCAGGCAAGACGACACUCAUCAAGACGCUCUGGGGAAUGGAGGAGGUGAAAGACAUCGGGUUCCAGAAGCACACCGAGACAGCCGUGCUUUACAAGGCCAGGGGCACGGAGAGGAUGGUGAUUGUGGACUUUCCCGGCACGACCACAGUGGAUACCCAGGUGGCCACGCUAGUGAACCACUGCGGCGGACUGGCCAGUUUCUUUAUCCUCGUCAUGCCGUUCACAGGAGAUCCCAGUAAGAUUAACAUUGAUCAACUCGAGACGGUGAAGAGCUUCGAUUGUUCCUUCAUCGUCUGUAUCAACCAGUGUGGACGUUUUCCUGACGCUUUUGAGACCAAGGAAAACACAGACAAGUUUCGUGCUGACUUCUCCAAGGAACUAAAGGUACAACCUUCUGACAUCCUCUUCACCGACUUCAAGAAGUGCACCCCAAAGAUGCGCGCAGUGGGGCUGGUGGGGGUGGAUGACGUCAGGCGGUGGAUCAAAGACUGGCUGGUGAGGUAUGACGUGUUCGGGAAGGGCGAACCUGAGCUGAGCAGGGCUGUGAACGAGCAGGCAGCUGCGAAGGGUGCAGAUGCUUAGAUUUGAGUCUUUGCUUUCCAGCUUUAGAGCCCUAUAGAGUACUACAGAAACAAAACUGUUAAUUGAUGUAUAGAAAUUAUCCAACAGGUGGCUAUGAAGGGUACAGAUGCUUAGAUUGGCAGAACUAAUACCAUUCCCUGCUUUCCAGCAUAUGGCACAAAACAGGGAAUCACUGCCUGACAUUUGGCGUGGUGGCUUCAUUUUGACAUGCGAUAAGUAAACAAUAUAAAAUGUAUUUUUUGUAAACGUGUGCUCAAUGGAAUCAAACUUGUCAUGAAAUUUUGAUACACUCGUAUAUCGUCUAAUACAGUUACCAUUGUGCCUUAAUAGUUGAUGUAAUUGUAUUGUCUCCAUAUCUCAAUAAUUAAUACAGAUGUAUUUUUCUUUGAAAAGUAACAAAGAAAUUUAAUUUCAUGGCUCAUCAAAUGAAUGCGCAUUGCGUCUGGUUAAUAAUAUUUGUAUGUGACUUGUCAAACGAAAUAUUAAUAUUUGAGUAUAAUUCGAUUGUGGGAGCCGGCAGGUCAUACAGUUGAUUUUAUUGUCAUUUGAUUUGCACUUAAUUCGAUUCAAUCGGUUUUACAACUGUUAGGUUAAGGAAAAGGGUUCUUCCACACUUUGUAAAUGCUGUAAAUUGAUUGUCCUGUAUAUGGAUGUAAAUCAUAAGGUUAUAAUAUCAUAAGUUUGCAAAAUAAUCUAUGCAUUCAGAUUUCUGAGGCCAUUUGGUUUUUAGUUAUCAUUCAAAGGGAGAAAUCUGGGAAAGUUCAAGCAUUCAACACAUAUUACCCUAGUAUAUUAUGCUCAACUUUGCUGUCCAUGAGAUUUUUCUGAUUUGAAUAAAAUUUGAAAAGAUGUU